UAUUAUUUUUCUUCUCUUUCUCUUCUAAAUUUAUAACAAAAAUAGAAACGCUGCAUACAUAUACAUAUAUAGAUCGGAGUGAUUGAUAAAGAAAAAAAAGAGAAAAAAGAGAGAAAAAGGAAAAAAAGAAGAAGGGAAAAGAAGAAAAAAAAGAAAAGGAAAGAAAGAAAAAAAGAAAAUAUGUGAUGGGUAUUGUUGAAGGUGAAUGCACUACAUUUCGCUGAGAAGAAAAUUCCCCGAAAGAAGAGGUUGUGAACAUUGAUCAACGACGGCAAUGAGGACGAGGACGAGGACGAGGACGAGGAAGAGGACGUGGAAGAGAGGGCCGGCAACCCUCGCAGUACAGGUAUCGUCGCGUUGCUGUGUACACGUAUCGCCAUUGGAAGGCUCCUCUCUUCUAUCGUUCUAACUGAUAUCCUCGAGAAUCGAUAUAGUCGCGAGACUAUAUGUUGUGAGAAAGAGAGAGAGAGAGAGAGAGAGUUCGCGCGCGCGCGCAAGUACACAUGUGGAAGACAUCAAAGAGAAUUAUUUUAUAACGUUCAUUCAUAACAUCUUCUUUACUCGAUUAAUCAUUAUAUACUUCUUAGUUCGUUUUUAAUUUAUUCGGUUAUUUAUUUGUUCGUUCGGCUUCUCCCCUCUUUUUUUUUUCUUUUUGGUUUAUUAGUUAUCUCGUUCAUCCAUUGGUUCGUUCGUAUUAUUCGCCCGAGUUUAUCCACGAAAGUAAGAAAUUGAUCCUUGGCGACUCGAAGUUGAUUCUUGUUUCUCUGUUUUAAUUUGAUUUUUAAUUUUUCUCUUUCUAUUCUCCCUUCUUCUUCUUCUUCUCCUUCUUCUUUUUUUUCUUUUUCUUCUUCAUCUUUUUUAUUUUAAUUGAAAAUCCUCGAUAUCGUUUGUCAUCAUGCCAGAAACAAAGGAUCUGAGAAAUGUGAACGAGGAGGAGAUUCGAAGGUUCCUCGAUUCUUUCGAUAUCGUCUUAUCGGAUUGCGAUGGUGUUCUCUGGCACAUCGAUUCGCCCAUCGAAAAUAGUAUCGAAGCUUUAACCAAAUUACAAAGUUUCGGAAAGAAGAUUUUCCUCGUGACGAACAAUGCAACGGCUGGUACGAGAAAGAUUUGUGAAAGACUUCUGGUUAAUGGUCUCGAAGCUAAAGAGGAGCAAGUAAUUAUUCCGUCGAAAGUUAUAGCGUGGUACUUGAAGAAAAUUAAUUUUCAAGGUCAAGCCUUUACCAUCGCUAUGGAACCCUUUCGAAAGGUUCUGAUGGAAGCCGGUAUCGAGUUGUUGGAUGAGAAAGAACCAAAUGUUUAUCCAAACAACGUCCCGGCAACCCUCAAUGCUGUCCAAGAUCGACAAUCAGUGAAAGCUGUGAUCACUGAUUUUGAUGUCAAUUGUAAUUGGGCUAAAUUGACCUUCGCUAUUUCUUGUUUAAAGCGUAAAGACGUGUUGUAUGUUACUGGUGCUCUUGAUAAAUGGGUAUCUUGCAGCAAUGGUAGCCUGAUAUUAGGACCAGGUCCAUUGAUCGACAUAAUCACUGAAGGUAGCGGUAGAACGCCAAUUUCCUGUGGAAAACCUAGCGACACAUUGAGAAAUUAUAUUUUCGAAUUUUGCAACGUUAUCAAUCCAAAGCGAUGUUUAUUCAUCGGCGAUACAGUAAAUUAUGAUAUGAAAUUUGGUGCCUUGUGCGGCUUUCAAAAAUUCUUCGUCAGCACCGGUUGUGAUAGUUUCGAGGAAUCACAAAAAAAUGAAGAUACAUGUCCCGAAUAUUAUCUACCAAAUUUCGGCCAAUUGCUGUCCAUCCUUGAUGACAUGGCUUAAAAUAGAAAUAGAAAGAUACAUAAACGGUAUUAUAUCUCCUGAUAGAGCAAUGCGUUCUACUAUUUUCUUUGUUUUUUCUCUCUGUUUGUUUGUUUGUUUUUUUUUUUUUUUGUAUUUUCUUUUUUAUUUUUUUCUUCUCCUUUUCUUCUUUUUUCUUCUUCGAGACUCGAUACGGAUGGAUCUCAAAUAUGUAUUUCAUUUCUUAAUGUUAAUAAAAUAAUUAUAUCGUUUAAGCAAAAUUAAUUUCAACGGGGACAAUAUGUAAUAAUAAUAAUAAUAAUAAUAAUUAUGAUGAUGACCAAUUAUUAUUUUUGCACCGUUAUUUUUUUUUUCUUUUCUCUUCUUUUCUGUCAAGUAUUUCUCUUUAUCUAAUAUAAUGUAUUUUUAACAAUGUAAAUUGUUAAGUAGGCAAUAUUCUUUUUUAUUUCGAUUAAUUUUUAAUAACACGUAGUAAAGAAUAUAUAAAUAUAUAGUUUACACGUCUUCCAAAUACAUAGAUAUAUAAACGAUAGAUAUUCUAUUGGGAUCUAACGAUUUUAUAAAUAAAUAUCUUUCAAUGUUCCUUUACUAUUAAAACGAUGUUAUAGUUGACUCUUAGAUAUUAUACGUAUCGUUACAAUAAAGUAAAAAUGGAUAAAAAGAGAGAACAAGAAAGAAUAUUUACAAACUUGAAAGAACUACAAACGAAACGAUGUACGCUUCUGAAUAUAUAUUUUACACGUAUGCAUUAUAUUAUAUAAAAUAUUAUUUUUUAUCUGAAAUGACGUAAUGGUGCAAUCUAAUACAUUCGUUUUAUCGAUAAUACUAUCUAUAUCAGUCGAGAUAUAUAAUCAUUAUAAUCUGUUAAACUCAUUUAUCUGUUAAAUGAUAGCAACAACAAAUUUCUAAAAGAAAAAGAAAAAACUAUAAAAGAAAAAAAAUUGAUCUUAAAUUGAAAUCAGUCGGCAAGUUAGAUCUCUGUAAUGAUCCAGAAAGAGAGAGAGAGAGAGAGAGAGAGAGAAAGCGAGAUAAGUUAAAACUACUCGAUGCUUACUAUGCUUUUUUAAUUACGAACAAGAUAACAAAGUUCUUAUCAAUUUUACUCCUUUUUUUUCUCUCUUUUCAUUACACUCUAUCGUAUAUAAUUCUUAACGAAGAAAAAAAUUUGCGGUUAUAAUAAUAAUUAUUAAUUCACAUGUAUGUAAACGAAGGACAAUUAUUGAUGACCCGUGAAAAACAGAUAGAAUUUAAAUAACGAAUAAAAAUAGAACGAGAGUUUAGAUUAUUAGUGUUAAAAAUUUGCCAAAGAGUCGUCUCGAAAACUCUACCGCAUAGUUUCUCCUCAGUGCACGACGAAGCUUCGAGAGCGCAAGAUCGUUUUUCUCCCCUUCGUUGUUCUCCGUUUCUCCUCGUUCUUUUUCGUGAUAGGAGUUCGUACGACAGUACUAGUGAUAGUAGAGUAGUAAUAGUAUUAGUAGUAGUAAUAAUAGUAAUCCUACUGUAGUCAUACUGUAUUCUGUCAGUGGUCUUACUGGAUCCGAUAAAAUUUGUCGGAUGAUACGAGGAAAGAACCGGGUGUUCGAGAUAGUACUUACGUUUAUAUACAUAUAUAAACGCGAUAUUGCAUAAUACCGACGUUGUAAUAUGUACGACGCGCGUGUGUGUUAACGAGAAUGAGAGAUGGCGGUGAAUAAAUAAAAAAUUUGCCUGAU